AUCUAGCGGGCGGUCCCUCCGGAACUCACUCUUCGGAUCCUUGUUGGGCGACGCCAGGCGCCUGCGGAGCACGUCUUUCCAGUCCAUGGCUGACUCCCGCUCAGAGGACCCUACAUUUGCGGGUUGUUAACCGCUCCACCCACUACCAGCUCCGACGUCAGACGCCACCAAGGCAGGUGGAAGUUAAGAAGGACGCCCGGACGCCAUCUUGGACCCGGGCGGAAGCCUUGGCUGCAGAAGGCAAAAACCGGAAAGGUGUGUCUGUUCCGAAUACGGCGAUCACGCUAGCAGGGGCGAAAAGCAGACAUGAAAUAGAUGAAAAAUUAUUCUCCUUAUGGGAGUGUCCCAGCUCACCAAACCUGAUCUUAAAGGCCAGCAAGAAGCCCGCGUGAGCUCUUGGCUGUGGGCCUUUCGGCGCGUGCGCACCACAGGAUUGCAGGAAUCCAUUGGCUUUUCCGACUUGAGAAAAGCACUUUCGUCACAUUUUGUUCUCGCUCUUGGAAACCUUAAUGGUCUCCAAGAUUUAACAGAAGCUUCAGCAGCCGUCUUCAGCCCUCCUGGAUACUAAAAGCUUCAAAACCGCCUUUCUUUUUUCUGUUUACCUUCGUCAGGCUCAAUAGAACGCCUGCAACCAAGCCAUUCAGGCCCUGGCGGCUCGUUCAGCGCGGUGCCUUGUGGGUACUGUAGUUUUCACCGCAUUUAUGGUUACUUUAAGCGUGCGUGGUGUGGUGAGUGUUGAAUUAAGUGAACUUCGUUCGUCGGCCAUUCGUACAAUUCGAAAAUUGGAAUGUAACAGGCACCUCAGGAUUCCCGUUCCGCCUCCUGGUUUAGGGAUUGCUAUUGGUGUUAGGGACCCUGGAUCAUUGUUUAAUGGAGAGAACUUGCGUGUUUUCCUUGCAAUUAAAUCACUCCUAAAGCACAUUCUUAAUUUGUAAGGGAGAAACCAGCAAAAAUCUCCUUUUCAAGAACUGUGCUUAAACCACCAAUCUCCUAAUUUUCCAUAGCGGAGUGGAGCUAACCCUCAUUCAAUUCACUGCAGAAUGACCUUCUAUUUACCUGGUUUUCGGAGCUUUCCGAAACUUUGGAAGAGUACCCCUUACUUUGAGCUGGGUCCCGCGAGCUCUCCUGUCUCUCUCUUUCUCGUGGUUACCGGGAACCAACACAGAUGGUUUUCUGUUAAAAGCACGUCCCUUCCAAAUGACAAAGCAAUGAAUCUGCUGGUUGCCAAGGCUAGAGCACUCAAGAAAGGAAGUGACAGGAAUAGGCAAGUUUCUCCUGAUCAUUACUUUGCUGCUGGAGCCGCUAAGAAGAGGUCACAGGUCAGUAGCAACCCUCAGCAUCGAGAUCAUGCCUUGCCACGCGUGCGCGCUCUCCAACUUCCAACUAAACCCUUGAAUUCCGAAGAGUGGAACAAACUUAAAGAAGAGUUCAGUGGGAAGGCCAGCUUUGAAGACUGGGUCAUUUCCCAGAUGGUGCGCAGCUGUAGCUCUAUAGAUGUGGCUAAGUCUCUCUUGGCAUGGGUAGCCGCAAAGAACAAUGGCAUUGUAGGGUAUAAUUUGCUCGUCAAGUAUUUAAGUCUCUGUGUCUCUCAUAAGCAGACAUCAGAAGUUAUUGAUGUCUAUGAAAUCAUGAAAGCCAAGUACAAGUGUUUAGAAUCCGGGGCUAACACUCUUCUCAUCCGGGGACUGGUCCACUCAGACAGGUGGAGAGAGGCCUUGCUGCUCUUAGGAGACAUUAAAAAAGUCAUGGUCCCUUCGAAAAGGAACUAUAAUGACUGCAUAAAGGGAGCCCUCCUCCAUCAAGAUGUGAACAUGGCUUGGAGUUUGUAUCAGGAAUUGGUAGGUCAUAAUCUCAUUCCUCUGCUGGAAACUUUAAAGGCCUUCUUUGAUUUUGGCAAAGACAUAAAUGAUGAUCACUAUUCGAACAAACUACUGGACAUUCUUUUGUAUCUAAGGAAUAAUCAGCUGUAUCCUGGAGAGUCAUUUGCACACAGUAUAAAAGCAUGGUUUGAAAGUAUUCCUGGAAGACAAUGGAAAGGCCAGUUCACUACAAUCCAGAAAAGUGGCCGGUGUUCAAGCUGUGGUAGAAUCUUAGAGUCUAUUCAUCUGAGUCCAGAAGAAUAUGAAUUUCUCAAGGAAAAAAUCAUGAGGGAUGUGAUAGAUGGUGGUGACCAAUAUAAAAAGACAACACCUCAGGAACUGAAGAGAUUUGAGAACUUCGUAAACUCCUGUCCUCCUUUUGAUAUUGUUCUUGAUGGCCUCAAUGUUGCAAAAAUGUUUCCUAAGGGCCGUGAAUCUCAAACUCUCCUGGAUGUAGUUUCCCAACUAGCCCAGCAGAAUCUGCAGUUGCUGGUCCUGGGCCGAAAGCACAUGCUUAUACCAAGCUCCAGGUGGAGAAAGGACGAGAUGGAGCAGGUGCAGAGGCAAGCCCACUGUUUUUUUGCUGAUAACAUCUCGGAGGAUGAUCCGUUCCUGCUGUACGCCACCCUGAACUCAGGCAAUCACUGCAAGUUCAUCACCAAAGAUCUGAUGCGGGACCACAAGGCCUGCCUGCCUGACGCGCGCACCCAGCACCUCUUCUUCAAGUGGCAGCAGGGACACCAGCUGGCUAUCAUGAAAGGGCUCAAAAGGUCAAAACUGACUCUGCAGAAUCCUCUCAGCUAUGACACAGUGGUGCAGACAACUGGAGACUCCUGGCACAUACCGUAUGAUGAAGACCUGGUGCAGAGAUCAUCCUAUGAAGUGCCGACCAAAUGGCUAUGCCUCCAGGGAAAGGCGCAGGCACCCGCCCCGUGCUGAAUUUUAACUGGACACCUGCUGGUGGUGGCGGAGAGCCUACACCCAUGCUAAUUUCAGGCAUGACCUCCAUCCUUCCUGAAAAUAAAAAGAUUUCAGUAGCACUGUUUGCUUCGCCCAACAAAUUGAGUUUUAGCUUUGUCCAGUUUUGUUUCUGAGGCGGGGUCUUGUUUUGUAGCCUCGGUCCUGCACUUUAUACUUCCUGAGUGCUGAGGUUACAGGAGCGGCCACCACGCCUGCUGUGUGCACUACAGGAGAUGGGACAUCAUAGGGCUCCAUGGGUGCAGGGUCCAGCCAGAUACAUGAAGCCCUGGCCCAACAAACUGACUUCUGAGUUAAGUGGGGAAAAAAUAGCAUCUUUUCAUAACUAGCUGAACCUCCACCACCCCCCUUUGUUUCUAGAGUUUUAUCCAGAACUGGGGGUCCUAGCACAGAGUCUUGGUCCCUGUUCCUCUGCUGGGCAGCUCUCCACAUAACUGGGAAGAGGCAGCCCCCUACGGUUGCUCCUGCUGACUUAACCCUCCAGGCUUACCCAUUGGCCCUUCUCUGUUUUAUACUGUAAUUAUAUACCUUUCCAAGUGGAUCAUGGUAUUGGUGUGAUGUGGUAUGCCAAGAUGAUAUUCAGAAAAAAUCUGAAGUUUUUUUGUCAAAAUUUUAGAAAUAAAAACUCACUUUGUAGAA